GGGAAAACAAAUACUUAUUAAAGUAAUGACGGAUAACUCUGUCAUUUUGAACGUUACCACUGACAGAUUCGUCGAUCGUUACAAAAUCGACCAUCUUACUCCGUUCACAGUAUAUGAAAUAUCUGUAUCCGCUGGAAAUUAUUAUGGUUUUGGUCUUCCUGCUAUUACAUCAUUCUUAACAUCUGAAGAAGCCCCAAGUGGUCCUCCGAUGAACAUCAAAGCAACAUCAAGAAGUGCAUCAUCGUUGCUUCUUGUCUGGGAUCCUCCAGAGAAAAAUAAACAAAAUGGCGUCAUUACCAGUUAUACUGCGUGCCUUUCACAUUUGAAAAAUGGAUCUUGCUUUCAAAUGUUCACCACAGGUGAAAGUAGGUGGCUUAUCGGGAAUUUGAAUUUUUCAACGAAGUAUUAUGUUCGCAUUCUCGCCAGAAAUAAAGCAGGAAGCAGCAACUACAGUGAAGGUCAAGUGAUCUUCAGUAAUGAACAUUCAAUUUUAGAUAGGAGUGAAGAGGAAAUCAAUGGUGGUUGUAAGACGUAUCUGCUAGGAAUGAUAAUUUCCGCAACGCUCGUGAUUGCUUCUUUCGUCGCCAUUGCUUGUUUGGUUCGUAAAAAUCGUCGGCUCAAAUCAUUAUACCCCACGAUUGGGAUAGUGAACAUGAAAAUUAGAAGGAAAAAUUCAUCAAAUAUUUAUGACAUCCCGGAGCAAGGUAAUGUCUGUGACGAGGAAAACUUGGAAAGUCCACAAGAGAAUUACACGGAGCUCCAAAGGAGGGACCAUGAAGGUUUUUACAUGAAGUACAACACAACUAGAUAAAUAUGCAUCCAAUG